AUGGUGGAGGGGAUUAGUGGAGUGGCAUGUUCGAGGACCAAGGGUAGCGUCCGAUUUACGAUAAAAAGCAUUUUUUCUAAAUUUGAACUGGACAUUCAUACAUUGGUUAUUGGUUCGAUUACUUCAGUUACACCAGCGGUUAGUGUCGAUAUUGGGCAAUGGAGACAUUUGGCAAAUCUCCAAUUGGCAGACCCAUAUUUUGGUACUCCGGGUCAUGUUGAUGUACUUCUUGGUGCUGAUGUCUGGGGCUCGAUUGUAGAAGGGGAUGUCAUACAUGGAGGGUAUGAUGAACCUCACGCACAGCUUACCCGACUUGGUUGGGUUGUAUUUGGGCCAGCGUCCGUCCAGGGCAAUUAUUGCGCGCAGAUUAGAGACGAGUCUUACUUGGAGGAUCUCAUUUGUAAUUUUUGGAAGCUCGAAGAAGUACCGGUGACAACUAAGAGCUCGGAUGAUGAAUGCGAGCGGUUCUUUGCCACUACACACCAACGUAUGGCCGACGGACGCUAUGUUGUGAGAUUGCCAUUCCGUCAAGAUGGUCAACCGUUAGGCGACUCUUACGUCAACGCUCGACGUCAGUUCUCGCGUUUGGAGCGACGUCUGGCUGCUGAUCCGGACAUGCAUGCAAAAUAUAUAGCGUUUAUGAGGGAAUAUGAGUCCCUUGGCCAUAUGGAAAGAGUUGUUCAGCCAGUUGUUCAAUCCGGAUGCUAUUAUAUUCCCCACCAUGCUGUAUUGGGAAAAUUUAGAGUGGUGUUCAAUGCAUCCGCUCCUACCUCCAACGGGCUUUCGCUUAACGAUAUCCAACUGGUUGGAUCCCCCAUUCAAGAUUCGUUAAUUAACAUUAUCCUCCGCUUCCGACGCUAUGCCAUCGCGAUCACAGCCGAUGUGGAGAAGAUGUUUCGCCAGGUUCUCGUGGCACCACAAGACAGAGACUUUCAGCGUAUACUUUGGCGUGAAUCUCCAUCAGAGGAAGUAAGUACUUAUCGGCUGUCUACUGUCACGUAUGGUAUGGCAUGCAGUCCUCAUAAUGCGAUAAGGGCUAUGCAUCAGUGUGCGUACGACAGCUUCGACAAGAUUCACAAUCGCAACAUGGGCAUCCAAGCGCGAGAAUCCAUUCUCUCAUCCUUCUACGUGGAUGAUUUCCUCACCAGUUGUAGCACCGUCGAAAGUGCUAUCACUUUAGCAACGAAUAUCGACACCAUUCUGAGAGCUGGAGGCUUUAAGUUAAGGAAGUGGAACUCUAAUGACGCCGCCGUAUUGAUUCCAUUAGGGAAGGGCUUAUCACCUACGGAAUGCCCUAUUGAUGCAUCAAUUGCCUCUGUGUUAGGUUUGCGAUGGAGUCCAGUCGACGACAUCCUGCUGUUCAACGUGGAACUCAAGCAACCCGGCGGUGUAUACACUAAGCGCAGUGUGCUCAGCGAGGUGGCGAAGUUGUUUGACCCAACAGGAUUCUUGUCACCCGUAGUGGUGAUGACCACGGACUAUUACGAGUUGGAGGCCGCAUUUCGAAAUCUGCGUUAA